UAGCAGUCGGACGGCCAACCAUAAUCAAACAAACCAAAAUGGCGGCGAUGGCGGCGCCGACUUCUCUGGUUGCGAAGAAAAAGAAGCAUUUUCUCGGAAUACCCGCGCCCCUUGGAUACGUGGCCGGUGUUGGAAGAGGAGCCACUGGUUUCACUACGCGAUCUGAUAUCGGUCCUGCGAGGGAUGCAAGUGACGUACCCGACGAUCGUCACGCACCUCCAAAUAAGCGUACGAAGAAGCAGAAGGAAGAAGAAGAGGAUGAUGAAGAAGACUUAAAUGACUCGAACUAUGACGAGUUUGCCGGCUACGGAGGAAGCCUGUUCAGUAAGGAUCCCUACGACAAGGACGACGAGGAAGCAGACGCCAUUUAUGAGGCGAUUGAUCGCCGGAUGGACGAAAAACGGAAGGACUACAGGGAGAUGAAGCUUCGCCGAGAGCUGGAACGGUAUCGUCAAGAACGACCCAAGAUUCAGCAGCAGUUCUCUGACCUGAAGCGGGACCUGUCGCAAGUCACGGAGGACGACUGGAAAGCCAUCCCAGAAGUCGGGGAUGCCCGGAACAAGCGACAGAGGAACCCACGCCCCGAAAAAUUCACUCCAAUGCCGGAUUCCAUCCUGGCCAAGGCCGGGAUCGGGUCCGAGUCGGUGACAACUCUCGACCCCCGACAACAGGCGUACGGAUCGGGCCUGACGACCCCGUUUCCCGGCACGGCCACUCCGGGCUGGGCCACGCCGUCGGCCGACCUGGACCUGCGCAAGAUCGGCCAGGCCCGCAACACCCUGAUGGACAUAAAGCUGAACCAGGUCUCGGACUCCGUGAGCGGUCAGACGGUGGUGGACCCCAAGGGCUACCUGACGGACUUGCAGUCCAUGAUCCCCAGCCACGGGGCGGACAUCAGUGACAUCAAGAAGGCUCGCCUGCUUCUGAAGUCCGUGAGGGAGACUAACCCCAACCACCCUCCAGCCUGGAUUGCGUCGGCUCGUCUGGAAGAGGUCACUGGGAAGAUUCAGACAGCCAGGAAUCUGAUCAUGAAGGGCGGAGAAAUGUGCCCAAACUCCGAAGACAUCUGGCUCGAGGCAUCGCGACUUCAGCCAACAGAUCUUGCCAAGGCGGUGAUCGCGCAGGCCGUGCGGCAAAUUCCCAAUUCGGUCCGCCUGUGGAUCAAGGCGUCCGAACUCGAAGGGGAGCUCAAGGCCAAGAAGAGAGUCUUCCGCAAGGCCCUCGAAACCAUCCCCAACUCCGUGCGACUGUGGAAAGCAGCAGUGGAGCUGGAAGAGCCGGAGGACGCCCGAAUAUUGCUGAGUCGUGCUGUGGAGUGUUGCCCGACCAGCGUGGAGCUCUGGCUGGCGCUGGCGCGGCUUGAGAACUACGACAAUGCCCGCAAGGUGCUGAACAAGGCGCGCGAGAAUAUCCCCACGGACCGACAGAUCUGGAUCACGGCCGCCAAGCUGGAAGAGGCCAACAACAACGCCCACAUGGUGGAGAAGAUCAUCGACAGAGCCAUCACUUCGUUGCGGGCGAAUGGGGUGGAAAUCAACCGGGAGCAGUGGCUGAAGGAUGCCGUGGAGUGCGAGAAGUCCCAGUCCAUCCUCACCUGCCAGGGCAUCAUCCGCACAGUCGUGGGCAUUGGCGUCGAGGACGAGGACCGGAAGCACGCCUGGAUGGAGGAUGCGGAGGCGGUGGCAGCCCAAGGGGCGCAGGAGUGCGCCAGGGCCAUCUACGCCCAUGCCCUGUCCGUGUUCCCCAGCAAGAAGAGCAUUUGGCUGAGGGCAGCCUACUUCGAAAAGAGCAGCGGCACCAGGGAGACGCUCGAAGCCCUUCUGCAGAGGGCCGUGGCUCACUGCCCCAAGGCGGAGGUCCUCUGGCUCAUGGGGGCCAAAUCCAAGUGGAUGGCCGGCGACAUCCCGGCUGCCCGGAGCAUCCUGUCGCUGGCCUUCCAGGCCAACCCAAACAGCGAGGAAAUCUGGCUGGCUGCCGUCAAACUGGAGAGCGAGAACAACGAGUUUGAGCGUGCUCGCCGCCUGCUUGCUAAGGCCCGCUCCAGCGCCCCCACCGCCAGGGUGAUGAUGAAGUCUGUGCGUCUGGAGUGGGCCCUGGGAGACCUGCGUAUGGCCUCGGAGCUUCUGGAGGAGGGCCUGAAGCUGUACGCCGACUUCCCCAAGCUGUGGAUGAUGAAGGGGCAGAUCCUGCAGAGCCAGGGACAGACCGACGAGGCCAGGGCCACCUACAACCAGGGGCUGAAGAAGUGCCCGACGUCGGUGCCCCUGUGGCUGCUCCUGUCCCGGCUGGAGGAGUCCGGGGGCGCUUUGACCAAGGCCCGCUCGGUGCUGGAGAAGGCACGGCUGCGCAACCCCUGCCACCCCGAGCUCUGGCUGGAGGCUGUUCGGGUGGAGGCCAGGGCAGGCUUCAAGGAGAUCGCCCUCACCCUCAUGGCCAAGGCCAUGCAGGACUGUCCCGGCAGCGGCAUCCUGUGGUCGGAGGCCAUCUUUAUGGAGCCUCGCCCCCAGCGCAAGACCAAGAGCGUGGACGCACUCAAGCGCUGCGAGCACGACCCUUACGUGCUGCUGGCCGUCAGCAAGCUGUUCUGGACCGAGCGCAAGACGAACAAGGUGCGAGAGUGGCUGAACCGCACGGUCAAGAUUGAACCAGACCUUGGCGAUGCCUGGGCAUACUUCUACAAGUUUGAGCUCCUCCACGGCAGUGAGGAGCAGCAGGAAGAGGUGAAGCGUCGCUGCAUCCUCGCCGAGCCCAGGCACGGCCCCAACUGGUGCAAGGUCUCCAAGGACAUUGUCAACUGGCGCAAGAAGACGGAGGACAUUCUCGUCCUCGUGGCAGCAUCCUUGCCGUUACCAACGUAGAGGGAUCUGGGACGCCGGGACAUUGUACAUAAUCCUUUCUUUCUUGUGUUGAAACACCCCCCAAUAAAUUAGACUUUUACAUUUA